CCGACCCGUCUGCUUGCAUUCACACGAGGAAUUGUGCAGAGACACAGCUAGCUAUCUUGCUUGUUUUGAAGUUAGUUGGCGAGGUAACUUAGCCAGCUAGCUAAUAAAAACGUUUAGCCAGCUAGCUAAUAAAAACGUUUAGCCAGCUAGCUAAUAAAAACGAUUAGCCCGCUAGCAAAUAAAAACGAUUAUCUAGGAACUUUUAAACUCCUUAACAAACCAGUUUGUCGUGAGGUUCGCUACUCUGAAGACUGAUCGAAGCGGAGAUGAACCAAUUUGAACAUCUGAAAGAUGACGACCCAGAGGAUCAGGAUGAGACAGUCUGUAACCGGGAAGAAGACGGCUCCAUCAACAACAACCGACGCAAGACGGUGAGUCCUGCAGCAGGGGAGCAUCCUCUACAGUAUAACUAUACCUUGUGGUAUUCUCGGAGGACUCCGUCCCGGCCCGCCAACACACAGAGUUAUGAACAGAACAUCAGACAGAUCGGCACGGUGGCAUCGGUGGAGCAGUUCUGGAAGUUUUACAGUCACCUGGUGCGACCGGGAGAUCUGACUGGCCACUCUGACUUCCACCUGUUUAAAGAGGGAAUCAAACCCAUGUGGGAGGAUGAAGCUAAUAAGAACGGUGGGAAGUGGAUCAUCAGGCUACGCAAAGGUCUGGCCAGCAGGUUCUGGGAGAACAUUAUUCUGGCCAUGUUGGGAGAACAGUUCAUGGUGGGAGAGGAGAUCUGUGGAGUGGUGGUCUCUAUACGCUUCCAGGAAGACAUCCUGUCUAUAUGGAAUAAGACGGCCAGCGAUCAGGUGACGACGUCUCGAAUCCGAGACACUCUUCGACGCGUCCUGAACCUCCCACCUAACACCAUCAUGGAGUACAAGACACACAACGACAGCCUCAAGGAUAAUUCCAGCUUCCGCAACACAAAGAUCACCCUGUGAAGAGAGACGGAGGAGGAAGAGAGGCAAACCACCUGGCCAUUUCUCCUGAAGUUAUACUGUUUCCUCAUGGACGAUAACAUGACUCUCUGUCACACUCUUUCUGUCUCCUCUCUCUCGGCAUCUCUCGUUCUCUCGGCAUCUCUCUCUCUCGGGCAUCUCUCUUUCUCUCGGGCAUCUCUCUUUCUCUCGGGCAUCUCUCUUUCUCUCGGGCAUCUCUCUUUCUCUCGGGCAUCUCUCUCUCUCGGGCAUCUCUUUUUCUCUCGGGCAUCUCUCUUUCUCUCGGGCAUCUCUCUUUCUCUCGGGCAUCUCUCUUUCUCUCGGGCAUCUCUCUUUCUCUCGGGCAUCUCUCUUUCUCUCGGGCAUCUCUCUCUCUCUAGCAUCUCUUUUUCUCUCGGGCAUCUCUCUUUCUCUCGGGCAUCUCUCUUUCUCUCGGGCAUCUCUCGUUCUCUCGGGCAUCUCUCGUUCUCUCGGGCAUCUCUCUUUCUCUCGGGCAUCUCUCUUUCUCUCGGGCAUCUCUCUUUCUCUCGGCAUCUCUCGUUCUCUCGGCAUCUCUCGUUCUCUCGGCAUCUCUCGUUCUCUCGGCUUCUCUCGGCAUCUCUCGUUCUCUCUCGUUCUCUCGGCAUCUCUCGUUCUCUCGGCAUCUCGGCAUCUCUCGUUCUCUCUCGUUCUCUCGGCAUCUCUCGUUCUCUCGGCAUCUCUCGUUCUCUCGGCAUCUCUCUCUUCCCCCCCACCCCCCGGACUCUUUCUCUCUCUCCAGGGUUUACAAGGUGCUUACAAUACUUGAAUUGGCUUCUGAAAUGGAACACCUUGAAAAUCUGACAUUUUCUUAAGUUGGUACUUGAAUUAAAAUGAAAGGAGAACAGAAAAUGAUCAAAUAUGUUUAUGAAAAAUGUGUUGGUCUUGUAUUCUACCCAGUUUUAUUUCCUCACGUUCUGGUUGCCAGGUGAGAUCGCUCAUUCCACCCACUCAGCCAGGCAGGUCCAAAACGGACUGAUUAGGUGCUGCCAAACGUCACAUCGCUAGCUAAAAGGCCAUGUAGAUUUAACCUGUUGCGAGUAUGGAACAUUUCUGGGAUCUUUUAUUUCAGCUCGUGAAACAUUCGCAUGGUUGAAUUGACCCUGAAGAGCGACAUGAAGCGGGAAAGACAACUCUGCAUCCCGCGCCGGUGCCAGUUCUACAUUGGGACGUUUUCUCUGCAAUGAGAGAACUUGCGAUAUUCAAUUUGAUCAAGCAGUGGCUCCUGGCGUUCUGUUGGCUGCUCACCCAGCGACUCUAAACCUGCCAGUCGGAAGCGUGAUGCUUUUCCGUAGAAUUCGCGAAGAUUCCCAAAUGUGCAAUAAAAAUACAAUAGUCAUUAAUACUCAAAUGACAUCAGUACUGAGUUACGAUUCAUGUAUAUAAUAAAGCAACGUAUUAACUUGUAAGGUAGUGAUGAAUAAUAUGCAGUAAUAUACUGUUUUUUCCCAUCAAGGUUGUGGCGAUAUACUGUCAUCUGGUGGCAACUAGAAACAAUCACAUUUUAUUGGUCACAUGGUUAAUAUUACAAAUUAAUGGUCCUUGAAAAUAAAUAUUAGUGCUUGAAAAAGUACUUAAGUCCUUGAAUUUGACUUGCCACUGUCUGUAUGAACCCUGUUUCUCUUGCCUCGCUGCAUUUCUCUCAUUCUUGCUGCCUCUUGCAUUUCUGAGAGUGUUUCACUGCGGAGAUGGAGUAGUGUGAUGCUAUGGAGACGAGAGUCCUCUUUGUGCAGCUCGUCCCCGAGUUGCACAACAGGCCAGUGGGACCAACUCUGUGUGUGAUGGUGUUAAUGUUCCCAUGACUACAGAAAUAAAUGUGUUUUUAGUA